AGCGGCGGCGACAGGAGAAAGAGGGGGGGCCUGAGAGAGUGAGGGAGCGGAACCGGAAAUAGGUCGGCAGGAGGAAGGGGCGGGGGCAGCAGGCGGUGGCGGCAACGGCAGCGGCGCGCGCGCCUGCCUGGAUCCCGGUCGCGAGGAGGAGGCGGCGGAGGAGGAUGUGGCGCGCGGAGGGGAAAUGGCCGCCGAAAACAAGCCGGAAGAUGAUCAUGGAAACAGCAAUGGAAGUCAUGUAAAAAUCUUUUUACCGAAAAAGCUGCUUGAAUGUCUACCAAAAUGUUCCAGUUUACCAAAAGAGAGGCACCGUUGGAACACUAACGAGGAAAUUGCUGCAUAUCUAAUAACAUUUGAGAAACAUGAAGAAUGGCUAACAACCUCCCCUAAAACCAGGCCUCAGAAUGGCUCUAUGAUCCUAUACAACAGGAAGAAGGUGAAAUACAGGAAAGAUGGAUAUUGCUGGAAGAAGCGGAAAGACGGGAAGACCACCCGAGAAGAUCAUAUGAAGCUGAAGGUUCAGGGGGUGGAGUGCCUGUAUGGUUGCUACGUUCAUUCUUCAAUCAUCCCCACUUUCCACAGAAGGUGCUACUGGCUUCUUCAGAACCCGGACAUUGUGCUGGUCCACUACUUGAAUGUACCCGCCAUCGAGGACUGUGGAAAGCCCUGUGGCCCCAUCCUGUGCUCCAUCAACACCGACAAGAAGGAGUGGGCGAAAUGGACGAAAGAGGAGCUGAUUGGCCAGCUGAAGCCAAUGUUUCACGGCAUCAAGUGGACAUGCAGCAAUGGGAACAGCAGUUCGGGCUUCUCUGUGGAGCAGCUGGUGCAGCAGAUCCUGGACAGCCACCAGACCAAACCGCAGCCUCGGACGCACAAUUGCCUCUGCACUGGCAACUUGGGCGCAGGUAGCAGUGUGCACCACAAGUGCAACAGUGCCAAACACCGCAUCAUCUCACCAAAGGUCGAGCCGAGGUCAGGCGGGUACAGCGCCCACUCCGAGGUGCAGAACAACGAUGUCUCCGAAGGGAAGAACGAGCACAGCCAUGGCAAGUCGUCCAGCCGGGAGAAAAGGAAUGGCAAAGUGGCCAAGCCGGUCCUGCUGCAUCAGAACAGCACAGAGGUCUCCUCGACCAAUCAGGUGGAAGUCCCCGACACCACGCAGAACUCCCCCGUGUCCAUCAGCAGUGGGUUGAACAGUGACCCUGAUGUGGCGGACAGCCCGGCUGUCACCGGGGUCUCCAGCAUGGCCGUUGCCUCAGUGAUGGGCAACCUGUCGCAAAGCGCCACGGUCUUCAUGUCGGAUGUGACCAGCGAGGCCGUCUACACAAUGUCACCCACUGCGGGUCCCAAUCAGCACCUCCUGUCCUCGGAUGCAGCUGCCCAAGGGCUGGUCCUGGCCGUGAGCUCGGAUGGCCACAAGUUUACCUUCCCCACCGCCAGCAGCUCAGAGGGCCUGUCCAUGCUGCCCGCCAGCGUCUCCGAAGAGCUGGUGCUCUCCACCACUCUCGACAGUGGCCGGAAGAUCCCAGAAACCACUAUGAAUUUCGACCCGGACUGCUUCCUUAACAAUCCCAAGCAGGGGCAGACGUAUGGAGGAGGAGGCCCCAAGGCAGAUUGCCUGGGCCCCAACAUCAGGCAGUCACCCACGACAGAGCGCGGGUUCAACUUCAGCGCAGCCCUCACCAAGGAGAUUAAGACGGAGGACACGUCCUUUGAGCAACAGAUGUCGAAAGAAGCAUUCUCCUCCUCUUCCUCGUCCAACUCGCUCACCCUUACGACCGGUUCCAGUUUGCUUCCGUCCGGCGGAGGCCUCAGCCCCAGUACCACCUUGGAACAAAUGGACUUUAGCGCAAUCGAUUCCAACAAGGAUUACUCCUCUGGUUUCAACCAAGCGGUCCAGAGCCCUCACGUCCACCAGACCCCUUCCCCCAGUUUCUUCCUGCAGGAUGCCAGCAAACCUCUGCCUCUGGAGCAAAACAGCCACAACAACCUGAACGAUGCAAGCAGUUCCUUUGUCAACCCUUUAGGGCUCCCCAACGUGAAGACGGAGGCUUCCUCCCAGAGCACCUCCAACUGCAACGGCACGGUGGAAGCUCGCAUCGAGUCCACCUCUUCGCUCCAGCUCAUGCAGUUCCAGGCAAACUUCCAGGCUAUGUCGGCUGAAGGCGAGGUCCCAAUGGAGACCUCACCGCAGGCAGAUGGGAACGAGAACCUGCUGAAGACGGGGGAGCUCCAGGCCUGUGGUGGGACAGAGCACUACAUGCAGCCCGAGACCAACGGGGGCAACUUGCGGAAUGGGAACAGCCUUCCCAUCCUCCAAGCGAACAUGGUGCAAGGCCUCUACCCAGUAGCCCACCCGGGUUUGAACAACUCCUCCAACAUGGAGCUGAGCUUGGACCACUUUGACAUCUCCUUUAGCAACCAGUUCUCUGACCUGAUCAAUGAUUUCAUCUCUGUGGAAGGUGGGAGCAACACCAUCUACGGGCACCAGCUGGUAUCAGGCGAGAGCAGUGGGCUGUCCCAGCCGGAGGACGCCAACCGGGCCUCCUACAGCCAGGCAGAGAUGUGUAUCCCCUGCUGCAGCCCCCAGCAAGCCAGCCUGCACCUCAGCAGCAGCACAGAGAAUGGGGCAAGCACUCUGGCCUACAUGCACGUGACUGAGGUGGUGUCGGCGGCGGCGGCAGCUGCCGCUGCUGCUCAGGGCACCCUGGGCAUGCUCCAGCAGAGCGGGCGCCUUUUCAUGGUGACGGAUUACUCGCCAGAGUGGUCUUAUCCAGAGGGGGGCGUGAAGGUGCUGAUCACAGGGCCCUGGCAGGAGGCCAGCAAUAACUACAGCUGCCUGUUUGACCAGAUCUCAGUGCCGGCCUCCUUGAUACAGCCGGGGGUGCUGCGUUGUUAUUGCCCAGCUCAUGACACGGGGCUCGUCACUCUGCAAGUGGCCUUCAACAACCAGAUCAUCUCCAACUCGGUGGUCUUUGAGUACAAAGCACGGGCACUGCCACCCUUGCCUUCCUCUCAGCACGACUGGCUGUCCCUGGAUGAGAACCAGUUCAGGAUGUCUAUCCUGGAGCGACUUGAGCAGAUGGAGCGGAGGAUGGCCGAAAUGACUGGGUCCCAGCAGCAGCAGCACAAGCAAGGCGUAGGUGGUGGUGGGGGCAACGGCAGCGGCAAUGGAGGUAGCCAAGCACAGUGCGUCUCGGGGGCAGCCACCUUGGGGAACUGCUUUGAGAGCCGUGUGGUGGUUGUGUGUGAGAAGAUGAUGAGCAGGGCCUGCUGGGCCAAAUCCAAGCACCUCAUCCACUCCAAGACCUUCCGGGGGAUGACCCUCCUGCACCUGGCAGCAGCCCAGGGCUAUGCGACCCUCAUCCAGACUCUCCUCAAAUGGCGGACCAAGCAUGCUGACAGCAUCGACCUAGAGCUGGAAGUGGACCCCUUGAACGUGGAUCAUUUCUCCUGCACGCCGCUGAUGUGGGCAUGUGCACUGGGCCACAUGGAUGCAGCUGUGGUCCUUUACAAGUGGGACCGCCGCGCUAUCUCCAUCCCCGACUCCCUCGGGAGGCUCCCCUUGGCUAUUGCUCGUUCUCGGGGCCACGUGAAGCUGGCUGAGUGCCUCGAGCACCUGCAGCGGGAGGAGCAAGCCCAACUCAGGCAAACCCCCCGGAUCCCCUGUCCUUCGCAUGAGGAACCCAGCAGUGAGAACUGGAUCGCCCAGUGGCACAGUGAGAUGGUAGCCUCUCAGGAGCCCCAGAAGGGAGUCACCGUGAUUUCCAAUUCCAAUACAGAGCUGAGGCGGCCCCGGUCCGAACCCUCCAGUUACUACAGCAGUGAGAGCCAGAAGGAGUACCCUGCACCCAAAAAACACAAACUGAACCCCGACUACUUCUCUGCUCGGCAGGAGAAGCUUCUUUCCACCGCCCUGAGCCUGGAGCAGCCGAGUGCCCGGAAGCCAAGCUCCAGUGCUAAGCAAUCCCUCCCAGAGACAAUCAGCCCCAGGCAUGGGGUGCGGGACUAUGCGCGGGAGCUUGUCUCCGAAGUAGCUGGCUACCACAGCUCCGGCACACAGGCAGGGGCCAAGUGGAGCCCAAAGGAGGCGUAUAUUGGCGUGCCUGCGAUGCAGGUGGCAGGCAGCCCCAAGGGGCUGGCACUGGGGAAGGACUCAGGGGCCCAGCAGCUCCAUCCGCGGGAGCAGAUGAGCGUGCUGAUGAUGGCGGAGCGGGAGGUGGCUGACGCAGAGCUCCUCUCCUUCCGGGACGGCACAGAAAGUGAGGACUGCUUGCAUCACAUGGAUGACCUGCAGGUGACCAUGAUGACUCUGGCAGAGCACAUCAUCGAAGCGACCCCAGAGAGGAUCAAGCGGGAAAACUUUGUGCCAAUGGAGGCGCCACCAGCCGAGAGGACGGAGAGCGCCACCAUUAGCACUUCAAUGAGCUGGCUGGCCAGUUACCUCGCAGAUGUCGACCAUUUACCAAGUGCUGCUCAAAUAAGAAGCCUGUACAUUGGACCCCUGACCCCUUCUUCCAACACCAGCCUGAGCCCUGCAAGCUCACCAGUCAAUGAAAUGGCUUUUGAGAAGCCCAGCCUCCCUUCGGCAACAGACUGGACAGAAUUCCUAAGCGCCUCCACCAGCGAGAAAGUCGAAAACGAGUUUGCGCAGCUGACCCUCUCCGAUCACGAGCAGAGAGAGCUCUACGAGGCUGCCAAGCUGGUCCAGACGGUCUUCAGGAAAUACAAGGGACGCCCCCUCCGGGAGCAACAGGAAGUGGCCGCUGCUGUCAUUCAGCGUUGUUACCGGAAAUACAAACAGCUUACUUGGAUAGCCUUGAAGUAUGCACUUUAUAAAAAGAUGAUACAAGCUGCCAUCCUCAUCCAGAGCAAAUUCCGAAGCUACUACGAACAGAAGAAAUUCCAGCAGAGCCGGAGAGCUGCUGUCCUAAUCCAGCAGUUCUACCGCAGCUACAAGGAAUGUGGGAAGAGGAGACAAAGUCGCAGGACGGCUGCUCUCGUGCAGCAGAAGCUCAGAAGCAGCUUGCUCACCAAGAAGCAGGACCAAGCUGCUCGCAAGAUCAUGCGUUUUUUACGACGCUGCCGCCACAGCCCUCUGGUGGACCAUAGGCGGUACAAAAGGAGCGAAAGAAUUGAAAAAGGCCAAGGAACUUGAAGAAAGAGGCGGCAGCGGCAGCAUCCCGUAGCAAUGUGACAUUGCUUUUCAGACUGUUUUCAUUUUCUGUUUUUAGCAGAAACAUGCAACAACUACAAAAAAAAUAUUUAAAAAAAAGAAACUGACUGCAGUGCCGAGAAUUUCGGCUGCAGGAUUUUAAUGGUAAUGUUUAGUCAUUACAUUUGCACUUUCAUGGACAACUUUUAAUUUGUUCAGCAAGACAUCUUGGAACUCAAAUCUUUGGUUGGAUCAUGGGGGGGAAAGUGACACCCGGAAGGCGUUUUCAUGAGUUGCUUCGUUCCUCUCAAAUAUGAAAAAAGAGAAGCAAUUAAUUAUCCUUUUCAUAUAGGGCUGUAUUAAAACAAAACAAACAAUGUGUGGAACUGUACAAAUAAUAAUACCAAAAAAAGCAAAAACCCCACAACCCAAGAAUGCUAUUCCUGCACCUGUCAAUCAUCUCCAAGACCUGGAACCGUUGGGAUUCCCUGUGGAAAGGCGCUGCUCACCUUCCUUCCAUCUUGUGCGGGGCCUCCAUCUUCCCUCCUCCAUCACCUCCUUUGCACACCUGUGUCUUUUUGUUCUUCAUUGAAUCUCUCUCUGCAACUUUUUAGAUCUGCUGGUUUUAAAUGUAUCCCGUGGGACUUUUCCCAGAAAGCUGUCAGUGUUUUUAAGGCAAACGGGUAUUUUGCAAGAGGGUGGGGUGCGGGGCGGGGGAGAGAGAAUGGGUGAGCAGCUCAAGCAAAAAGAUCCUUUUGGUUCGGUGGUUUUCCUUUUUCUUUCUCUCUCUCUCUUGUGCUCUCUCUCUCUCUCUCUCGCCUUCAAGUAUCUCAGCUGCCAUAUGCACUUCUCAUAUUUGGCACUUUAUUUUCUGGCCUUACUUCACGCAAGAUUUUUACUUCUUUAAUAACAGUGAUGAUUUGUAAAGCAUUUUGGUAACCUGCAGACCUCUUGUUCGACCGAAGAGUCACAUGCAAAUAAGCUGACUGGACAUUUCUACCACCGAAGGGAGCGAGCAGUCGGGUGCUGCAUUCCGGCCAGUAAAUCUCUUGUUUUGGCUAUUUCAUCUCAAAAAAAAGAAAACCUAGGCAGUUUCUGUACAUAGAGAGAAGGUAGAAAUGGAAAUGAGAAAUAAAUAUUUGAAAGGGAAUAUAUUGAUUAAUUGCUAACUAUUUUAUUCACAAAGGGUCAAUAACUUGGCAAGAGAAAUUUGCGUAUUUGUAUAGUUUUGUCUGAAUGAGCGAGAAGAGUGUGGAUGUUUGUACAUAUUGUAUAUACUAAAACAGAUGUGCAUGAAUUCAAGGACAAAAAGAAGACAUGAAAAAGCAAAGCAUUAGUGGCUUAUGGUCUGUAAAAUGAAACAAAAAAAACUUUAUUUCACUAUAAGAAACUUUAUUUUAAAUGUUCUUUAGAAGAACAUUUUGCUAACGCAUGACUAAACUGCAGAAGCAGAAGAGCUAAAAUGUAUUUAGACUUAGGAAAAAAACGGCAAAGUAACAUUACUUUAAAAAAAAAAGAGUUAUGUUUACAUUUGAUUUUGGCUACCAGGAAUUUAUUUAAAUUUCUUUUAACCUUCUUGGUUACCUUUUUAAUAUUUUAUUUAAUUUCUCCUUUUUUGCCAAUGGUGCCAAGUAAAGUGAAUGCUAAUAUUGCUUAAGAAAAAUUAAGUUAUUUUGCAAAGCAGAUAAUCAUAAGAAUACAAAAUUGUAUCUAGCUUAACACCAUACACUCUCACUCCAAUAAAGAACACUUAGAAUGAACAUAAAAUAAAAAAUAAAAAUAAAAGAAAAAGAAAUAGUAUGAAAGUAGAAAAAAAAAUAUGUUUCACAUAUCCAUAUUUCCUGCUGGAAGUCAGACAAUGUACUAAAAAUUGCACAAAAUUUUAAAAAAAGAGUAAAAGUUUAAAAGAUGCAAGCAGGUUUUGUAGGGGUGUCAUGGUAUAUUGCUAUUUCCACAUAGACAGGAGCCAAAGAAAUCUGUUUUAGAAGAGUCAUUUCGAUAUGGAAGCUGAUGUGAAAUGUAGAUGCUGGGAAGUGGGGUGAGAGGGUGGGCAAAUCUUGAUUUUGAACUACUCUCCGCUGCGCCUGAAGUCAGAUAGAUUAUUUUGGCUUUUGACUGGGUGUAGCUCGGGUCAGAGGUGGUGGGGGGGGCCCACCAGCCUGCCCAUCCACCUCUGCCUGGCUACCUCUGUCCAUCCCGCACGCUUCCCCCCCCCCCAACGCCCUGUAUCCUGCUAGUGCCAGUUGAAACGUUGCCAGUGGGUUGGUCGCUUGGCCUGGCCUUUCGAGGCAUUUUGCUUUAUGGAAGAGUAAUUGUUCUUGCUUGAUCCCAGCCACCAGAUGCAAUGUGUAGUCUUUGCUCAGAGGCUUGUUGUGAAGCCUAAAAAUACUCACAAUUCUGUGAAGCUUUUAAACUGGUGUCUUUAUAAAAGAAGAGUUAAACACACAAAGAUUGUGGCAACAAAAAAGAAAAGAAAAAGACAAAAGCCAACCUGGGGUCAGAGCUCUCCGUGCCUUUUUCUCUCAUUGAAAUUGUAUAUCUCUCUUUCUCUGUCUCUUUUAAAUUCCUUUAUUUCACUGCCAAGACUGAAAAAUAACUGCGGUGUGUGUGCUGAAGCUCCUGCUUAGACCCCUCUGUACGUUUGUUAAGUGCUGUUUUGUGGCCCAGUUCAGUAAAGGGUGGAAACACAGAAAAGCCCAAAGCAGGGCAGGUGGACAGAGGAGACCUCAGCUCCUCCUGUUGCCCUCUAAGGCCAGCCCUGGGCUUCCUGGGCCCUUUGCACAGGGGGGCAAAGAGGAACAAGGAGCCUGAAGCGGGUGCCAACUUGGCAGCACCCUCUGCUUGCCGUUUUCAAACGGUGCGCUUAUUGUCUCAUUUUGGGCUGACCCUUGUUGCUUUCCGUCCUCACCAGUCACGACCUGAGUGGCGAUUUUUGGAGCCUGUCCCCUCCGUUUGUCCUAAAAGGGGGUUCUUCGGAGUCAGGGUUACCUUGAGGUGUUUCCGCUUCAACCCUUCCAGAUCCGCAGGCUCGGUGUUGCGUUGACCAAGUGUCAGUCUGGCUCUCAGGGUGCUGCGCAGGCUGGAGCAAGAAGCCCUUGCUUGGGACCUGCAAGGCAGGUUGAGGGUCACGGCUGUCAUUUCCCCCCUCCCCUUGUUCCUCAGAGAGCUCCGGGGGGGGGGGUCCUUGUUGGAACAACCUGUGUGUUUAUUCCAGUUUGACACGUGCCAAAAGGCCUUGCUGAAUCAGGGCCAUCACCUUUGGGCAUAUCAGUGACCUCGGGCAUGUUUGGUUUGAGAACGUUCCCAAGACAGUAUAUCAGUUUUUUUUAAUAAAUAAAAAAUAUUUUGCUUGCCCUUUCCUGGGUUGCGGGACUCAGUUAGAAACAGGAAGACCCCCUCGGGGCCACCUUCCUGAAUCAUUGAGGUGCCUGAGCGCCUGAGUCCAGGACCCUCUUGUAUGUCUCCCCAAAACCCAGAAUUGCUCCUUUGUGUGACAUCACGUGUGAAACGAACGAUCCUGUGUGAACGAAAUAAAGAAUAUAACAUGAACCCCCUCUAUGGUUGCACGCUUAAUGGCAGUUCCACACAGCAGUUGGCGCCCAAACAGAGGGGAGGGGGGGUCCCCGAGACUUGCAUGUAAACCUAGUAUAGAUGUCUCUUUUUGUAAGUUUUAUUUUUGUAACUGUGCAUGUUAAAAGCAUCACUGAAUCAAUGGAUCUGUUGAAGAACUCAGCUGCUGGAACCAUGCAAAAUGUUUUGAAUUGCCCUUAAAAUAUGGAAAAUGUUUUCUGAAUGCUUUAUAUUCUUUCUGCUGUAAAUUAAAAAUGAAGAAAAUUU